GUGUCCCUCAUCUACGGAGUGCUCCUCCACUCGGGUGCGCCUCAAAGGGCUGACGGCGAUCGACCCCCACCUGCGGCCGACCAUACGCUGGAUAUGACUCUCGAAGUGAUCAGACUUUUGAAUUACGUGUCGCUAUUGGAUCUGAAUGUGGUUCAGUGUGUUUUGGGCGGCGAAGGGCUGUCACUACAGCUCCGGCACAUCUGUUCAUACCUUCUCUGGUAUUGCACUCACCAUAAGAGGGAAGCGCUGCUCAACGAAGCGAUACUAUUGGUCGGCAACUUUGUUGUCCUCAACGACGAGAAUCAGGUACUGGUCUCC